AUGUCGUUUGAUUCAAAGCUUCCCCUGGUCUGGAUAGACUGUGAAAUGACAGGUCUGAACACCUUCACUGAUAAUAUUAUCGAGAUAUGCUGCCUGAUAACUGAUAAGGAUCUAAACUUGAUUGACGAGAAAGGAUAUGAGUCUGUGAUUCAUGUUCCUAAAUCUAAGCUUGAUGCAAUGGACCAGUGGUGUCUUGACCACCAUGGCGAAAGUGGACUCAUAGACAAAGUGCUAGCUUCGUCAGCUACUAAAGAACAGGUUGAUUCCGAGCUCAAGUCAUAUAUCGCCCAAUUCAUGAGCCCAAGAGUUGGUGUUCUAGCUGGGAACUCUGUUCAUAUGGAUAGAAAUUUCAUGAUCAGAGAAUUACCUGAGACUGUGGAGCAUUUGCACUAUCGCAUUCUCGAUGUGAGUUCUAUCUCUGAGUUUGCUAAGAGACACAAUCCUGAUCUUCUGGCAAAGUGUCCUCCUAAACAGUACUCUCAUACUGCUAGGGCAGACAUAGAGGAAAGUAUAGCACAAAUGAGGUGGUUGAGGGAUAAUUAUUUGAUUGGCCCUGAUGGCAAAGAAUGA